UGUUUCCUUAUCAAUCUACACACAAUACCCCAUGAUGCCAAAGCGGACAAAUAACAGAAACACCUUAUUUUCACAAGUAUUCAGACCCUUUGCUAUGAGACUCGAAAGGUGCAUCCUGUUUCCAUAGAUCAUCCUUGAGAUGAUUCUACAACUUGAUUGGAGUCAACCUGUGGUAAAUUCAAUUGAUUGGACAUGAUUUGGAAAGGCACACACCUGUCUCUCUCUAUAAGGUCCCACAGUUGACAGUGCCUGUCAGAACAAAAUCCAAAAGAGUAGCACCCUACCGACAAAAAAAAACUCUUAAACGAUGCCGAAAGAUAAUUAUUUUCCUGACACUGGUCAUAGACCCAUACAAGAUUACUUUGAAUGUAGCCAAAGAGAGAGUGAUAAGAUCAUUGUUUCGGAGACGCUUUUUGACAUGCCGGGAGUUAAUUCUGACCUCUCGAAAGAACUGUUAAAUUGAUCUAAGCGCCAGACGAGAAUGCAUCUACAUAUAGUCACUCUUAGUGAUUAUAUGCGUCAAGGCAAUAUUCCACGGGGCCUCAGGUGGCAAAAAGAACCAUCGUUGGGACAGCGCACCGAUGAUUUCUGUGAGCCCUGGUGUGCCAUCCUGAACAAAUGCUCUAUAGAUUUAAUGACAUUAAUUGUUGACCAGUUGAAGAAGGAUUUUAUUGAAAUGGAUAACACGAUUAAAGACAAAUGCACAGCUCUACAAAUAGCUGUUAAUGAUGAUGGCAUAUUCAAUGAACUGAUGAAAACUAACCAAGCGCUGUUGUCAACAGAAAUAAAGGAACUUAAAAUCAAGAAAUUCAACCAAGACAAAAAAGACAAGGCCGAGGAUAAAGUCUACUUCUGGAGAAACCCUGACAAGGGAAGUCCUGUUCACCCUCUCCAUGGCAGACGCAGGAGGGAUGUCGCUUACUUCUAUCCACCCCAGUCUGAUCAACGCUCUACCAUCAGCGCCUCAUCGGCUUCCAGUUUUUUAUUCAACGAGAGACUGGAAGGGCGGAGGUGGCCGCAGGCACGCGCAUCGACGAGAUGCCUCAACGGAAGGGUUCUGCCUGCUCUGACUCUGGUCCCUGUCUCCAGUCCGACUUCUCGUCAGUCCUGCUACUCUGUCCUGGAUUCCCCACUCUACACUCCCUUGGAUUCCCCUCCGGACCUGCUUAGCCUGUCCCCACACCUCUCGCUCCAGCCUCAGCCUCCGCACCCGUUUCCAGCAACCCGCCCGAGCUUCCCCUGGCCUGCACUCUGUCUUCCCUGGUGUUUCAAUAAAUACCUUGGUUACCUCAUCCCAGUCUCCUCGUCUGAGUCUUCUCUUGGGUUCACCUGUUCCGCGUGACACUUAUUUUUUUAAGCCCAUAACCAUGUGUGUGAGGUGUAUACUUUUGUUUCAAAGUAGAUUUGUGUAAGACUACCAAGAAACACUCUGUGUGACCCUGACUUAUCCCACUACAGUACAAGGUUAAUUGUUUUG